AUGCACACCGCCAUCUUGGCCCCGCCCCUCCCGCCGGGUCACGUGCUGGGGGCGCGGCCGCGGUCACGUGGCGGGGCGGUCACGUGGCGCGCGGGCCCGGUUGCCAUGGCGAGCGCGGCGCGGAGGCCGCGGCGGCUCCGCUGGGUCCUGGGCGCGCUGUGCGUGUGCUGCGCCCUGCGCCCCGCGGCCGCCGCCACCAACAUCCUCCUCCUCCUCAUGGACGACAUGGGCUGGGGGGAUCUGGGAGCUUUCGGAGAGCCUUCGAAGGAAACCCCUAACCUAGACCAGAUGGCUGCAGAGGGGAUGCUUUUCCUGGAUUUUUAUACUGCCAGCCCCCUCUGCUCUCCCUCAAGGGCAGCGCUGCUGACGGGCCGGCUCCCGGUCAGGAAUGGCUUUUACACCACAAAUGGACACGCCAGGAACGCUUACACACCACAGGAUAUAGUAGGAGGAAUCCCAGAUUCUGAAUUACUGCUUCCAGAGCUCCUGAAGAAAGCUGGCUACACCAAUAAGAUCAUUGGCAAAUGGCACCUGGGGCACCGGCCGCAGUUCCACCCGCUGAGGCACGGCUUCCACGAGUGGUUUGGGUCCCCAAACUGCCACUUCGGGCCCUACGACAGCAGGGAGCGCCCCAACAUCCCCGUGUACAGGGACUGGGAGAUGGUUGGCAGGUACUACGAGGAUUUCAAAAUUGAUCUGAAGACAGGUGAAGCCAACUUGACUCAGCUCUACCUGCAGGAAGCUCUGGAUUUUAUUAGCAAGCAGCACGCCAGCCAGCAGCCAUUCUUUUUAUACUGGGCAAUUGAUGCUACCCACGCUCCUGUUUAUGCCUCCAAACAGUUCCUGGGCACGAGUCAGAGAGGGCUGUACGGGGAUGCUGUGCGGGAAAUCGAUGACAGCGUUGGGAAAAUCCUGAAGCACCUCCAGCAGCUGGGGAUCAGUGAGAACACCUUCGUGUUUUUCACCUCUGACAACGGGGCUGCUCUCAUUUCAGCUCCCAAGCAAGGAGGAAGCAAUGGGCCUUUCCUGUGUGGCAAACAAACCACCUUCGAGGGUGGCAUGCGGGAGCCUGCCAUCGCCUGGUGGCCCGGCCACAUCCCCGCAGGAGGGGUCAGCCAUCAGCUGGGCAGUGUGAUGGAUCUGUUCAGCACCAGCCUCUCCCUGGCGGGUCUGCAGCCUCCCAGUGACAGACAGAUUGAUGGCAUCGACCUUUUACCUGUCAUGCUGCAGGGCAAGCUAAUUGACAGGCCCAUUUUCUAUUAUCGUGGCAACGAGCUGAUGGCAGUGAGAGCUGGGCUUUACAAAGCUCACUACUGGACCUGGAGCAACUCCUGGGAGGAGCACAGCAAGGGCAUCGAUUUCUGUCCCGGCCAGAGCGUGGCUGGGGUGACAACGCACACGCAGGAGGAGCACACUUACCUGCCCCUGCUCUUCCACCUGGGCAGGGACCCUGGCGAGAAGUACCCCCUAAGUUUUGCCAGUGAGGAAUACCAGCAGGCUGUGGAACGCCUCUCGGGGCUGGUCCAGCAGCACAAGGCCACCCUGGUGCCAGGCCAGCCCCAGCUGAACGUGUGUGACCAGGCUGUCAUGAACUGGUCCCCUCCAGGCUGUGAGAAGCUUGGGAAGUGCCUGAAAGCGCCGGAGUCUGAUCCUCAGAAAUGCUCUUGGCCUCACUGAUGGCUGCAGCCCUGCAGAGGCAGCUGGACACCCAGCUCCCAGUGCCUGCUCCCGUUGGCACUCCUGUUUACACAGGAAGGGUGUGAUGUGUGCAUGAUAUCAUCACUUGCUCUUCCAAAAGGGCCAGUGUUUAUAUUCCUCGUGCUCAGGGUUUAGCCUCUACUCCUCUCUUCUCCCCGUUCUUUCCCUAAAUGGUAACUCCAGUGAGGAUUGGUUCAGCUCCAAAAGCUCUCUGGACAGUCACCACUCUGCCAUCAGCUCCCAAAUGCCAUGGGUCACUCCUGCUCCUUCCCCCCAACCCUGCUCGCUCGGGUGCCCCAACAGGAGCCACGGGACAGGUCAGGAAACUCGGAGCUGCCAGGGAGCCCUGCCCAAUCUCCCCAUGUUUUGUUUGCCUGUAAUUUGUUGUUUUAACAUUUGAUUUCCAUUGUGAACUCUGGACAUAA